GACCGCGUAUAAAAGCGCGACACCUCGGCAACUUGAGCAUCAAUCGACGAUCUACGAAUCGACCAGCUCAACCAAGCUUCCUUCAUCUACUCAGCCCACGCAGCCGACAUGAAGUGCAUCGCAGUUAUCGCUCUGUUCGCCUUGGUGGCCGUCGCAGCCUUCGCGGAGGCCAAACCCACCGGGGUGGAGUCCGAGGUCGUCGAGCCGGCGGCUCAGGCCGAGCCUACUUCACCGGAAGCGGCCAGGAACAAGCGAGGGUUGCUGUUCGGCGCGGCUUACACGGCACCGGCGGUCGCUUACAGUGCAUACACCGCGCCGCUCACGUACUCCGCAUACAGUUACCCCUAUGCGUACACGGCCUAUUCGAGCUACCCCUAUUACGCCUCCGCGUACAGCGCGCCUUACUACUUGGCCUAGAUAUGUACGGACCGCGCACACACCUCCCCCCCACACACAAUACACACAUACAUAUACACACACACAUACACCGGGGAGCACACACAACACGCGAAACCGAGACCAACCCAAUUUGACGAGGACGACGGCGACGACGUUGAUUUCGACCGGCCCUGUACUCGCCACGUGAUUACGUAGGACUUAUCGGUGAAGAGACAUAACGAAGGAGACGUUGCUUCGUGUGCCGAGCCAGAAAUAUCCAGGUCGUACUUGUAAACCGUGUACGCACGAAGAAACGCAUUCUUGCGCACCGUCUAUUCGAGAACUACGUAUAUUAUACUCUGUUAGAAACACACUUGCACACGUAGCAAACGUCUCUGAACAGUCUGCUACACAGGCUGCUCAGACCAGCUGACAAAACGGACUAUCCACCAUCGGCGGACCUACACGAGGAGAAUUCGCAACGUGAUAUCGCACAUUGCUCUCUGUUCUACAAAAUGUAACAAAAAAAAUAUAUCUCACUGACGAAACGUUGUCGUCACUGUCUCCUCGCGUACGUCGCACCCGUGAGCCGCGUAACUCACUGUAGAGAAAUGAAUACCUCGAUUGUAUGUAUGUUAUUCGUGUAUGCACACUCUCUUAUAUUAUAUUCCACUCUCUCAUUAAUAUCUGUAUGUCUCCGAAGAAUGAAAUCUACCCGUCGAAGGCGUCCAAAUUUUCCACGGGGAGAAUAUCGGCAACGCGAUUCUACAUGAUGUUUCAUCCCGCGUAAAGCAUUAAAAAAGAAAGAAAAAAAAAAAAAUUAUUGACGAAACGGUGUCGAUAGUUUUCCCUCGUGCGCGUGUAUUUUCUCCGAGAGACAUUAUUUGUCGUAUUUACGCGAAUCAUGUAAUCCCUUCCAAAGAAAAGAAUAAUAAAUAUUAACAAACGAUGCAUUGAUA